CCUGGGCUGGUACGGCGCGUGCGCAAUGAGAGGAGUCCUUGGCUGGUCGGCCUGCUCUAGGUUACUGAUCCUGCGAAGGGACACCGACAAAAUGCAGAGCUGGACCCAGUUAUACCGCUCUCUGGCCACGCGGAGCCACAACCUUCCCUGCAAACUGCACGGAGCUGCAGCUCUGUCCGUCAGAACCUACGCUGACAAAGCAGCAAUUGAUGCAGACGUCACAGUGGUGGGCUCCGGUCCAGGCGGCUACGUCGCUGCCAUCAAAGCCGCACAGCUCGGCUUCAAGACAGUGUGUGUGGAGAAAAAUCCCACGCUGGGUGGGACCUGUCUGAAUGUCGGCUGCAUCCCCUCAAAGGCUCUGCUGAAUAACUCCUACUUGUACCACAUGGCUCACGGCAAGGACUUCGAAAGCAGAGGCAUCGAAAUUUCAGGCAUCUCGUUGAACCUGGAGAAGAUGAUGGCUCAGAAGAGCGGGGCGGUCAAAGCGCUGACGGGAGGAAUCGCACAUUUAUUCAAACAGAACAAGGUGACCCACGUCAAUGGUUUUGGGAGGGUGACGGGUAAGAACCAGGUGACGGCCAUAGCAGCAGACGGCAGCGAGCAGGUCAUCAACACCAAGAACAUCCUCAUCGCCACCGGCUCCGAGGUCACGCCCUUCCCCGGGAUCCAGAUUGAUGAAGACGCCAUUGUGUCCUCCACCGGAGCUCUGUCCCUGAAGAAAGUGCCAGAGGAGCUGAUUGUGAUUGGAGCUGGAGUCAUCGGAGUGGAGCUGGGGUCAGUGUGGCAGCGCCUUGGCUCCAAGGUCACAGCGGUGGAGUUCCUGGGCCACGUGGGCGGCAUGGGCAUCGACAUGGAGAUCUCCAAGAACUUCCAGCGCAUCCUGCAGAAGCAGGGCCUCAAGUUCAAGCUCGGCACCAAAGUCCUGGGAGCCACUAAAAGGCCCGACGGCAAGAUCGAUGUGGCAGUGGAGGCGGCGGCCGGAGGGAAGAACGAGACUCUGACGUGUGACGUGCUGCUGGUCUGUAUCGGCAGGCGGCCUUUCACCCAGAACCUGGGUCUGGAUUCUGUUGGCAUCGAGCUGGACAACAGGGGCCGAAUCCCCGUCAACGGCCGCUUCCAGACCAAAGUACCCAGUGUUUAUGCAAUCGGAGAUGUGGUCGCCGGGCCGAUGUUGGCCCACAAGGCCGAGGACGAGGGCAUCAUCUGUGUGGAGGGCAUGGCCGGCGGCGCCGUGCACAUCGACUACAACUGCGUUCCCUCCGUCAUCUACACACACCCCGAGGUGGCCUGGGUGGGCAAGACAGAGGAGCAGCUCAAAGAGGAGGGCGUCCCGUACAGAGUCGGCAAGUUCCCCUUCGCGGCCAACAGCCGAGCCAAAACCAACGCAGACACCGACGGCUUGGUGAAGAUCCUCAGCCACAAGGAGACGGACAGGAUGCUGGGAGCGCACAUCCUCGGAUCUGUAAGAGCCUCCGGGGAGAUGAUCAAUGAGGCUGCUUUGGCCAUGGAGUACGGAGCUUCCUGCGAGGACGUCGCCAGAGUCUGCCACGCCCAUCCCACGGUGUCGGAGGCCUUCAGAGAAGCAAACCUGGCCGCCUCCUUCGGCAAAGCCAUCAACUUCUGAUCCGCCAGCCGCUGUCGCACCUCCAGUGUACGCAGCAGAGGAGAGGCGGGAAGCUGUGCGUCUGCGUCCGGACCUUCAUCCAACCCACCGGGAUCCUCUGUGCACAUCAACACUGUACCGCAUCUAGUUCUAAUGUUAUUUAAAUGUUCUCAGUAAAAAAUAAAAAUAAAAGAGGGUUUGGGCGGUAAAUAAA